AGCAAAAUAGUCUCUUCCACAAGAAACGAUCACAUCCUCUCCAUCCAUCAUCACAUCCAUGGAUCCUUACAAGUACCGUUCUUCAAGUGCUUACAAUGCCCCAUUUUGGACUACCAAUUCCGGUGCUCCGGUUUACAACAAUAACUCAUCAUUGACAGUUGGCACCAGAGGCCCAAUUCUUCUUGAGGAUUACCAUUUGGUGGAGAAACUAGCUAACUUUGAUCGUGAGCGCAUCCCAGAACGUGUUGUCCAUGCCAGGGGUGCCAGUGCAAAGGGAUUUUUCGAAGUCACACAUGACAUUUCUGGCCUCACAUGUGCUGAUUUUCUUCGUGCUCCUGGAGUCCAAACUCCUGUUAUCGUUCGUUUCUCUACUGUUAUCCAUGAGCGUGGAAGCCCUGAAACUCUUAGGGACCCUAGAGGUUUUGCAGUGAAGUUCUAUACCAGAGAGGGAAACUUUGAUUUGGUGGGAAACAAUUUCCCCGUGUUCUUUAUUCGUGAUGGGAUGAAAUUUCCUGACAUGGUUCAUGCUCUGAAACCCAACCCAAAGUCACACAUCCAAGAGGACUGGAGAAUUCUCGACUUCUUCUCCCACCAUCCAGAGAGUCUGCACAUGUUUACAUUCCUCCAAGAUGACAUUGGUGUGCCACAAGAUUACAGGCACAUGGAAGGUUCUGGUGUUAACACCUACACUCUGAUUAAUAAAGCCGGGAAAGCAUAUUAUGUGAAGUUCCACUGGAAACCUACCUGUGGCGUAAAGAGCCUGUUGGAGGAUGAAGCCAUAAAGAUUGGUGGAGCUAAUCACAGCCAUGCGACACAAGACCUAUAUGAUUCUAUUGCAGCUGGUAACUAUCCUGAGUGGAAGCUCUUUAUCCAGACUAUCGAUCCUGAUCAUGAGGAUAGGUUCGACUUCGACCCACUUGAUGUAACCAAGACCUGGCCGGAGGACAUCUUACCACUUCAGCCUGUUGGUCGUAUGGUCUUGAACAAGAACAUUGAUAACUUCUUUGCAGAGAACGAACAGCUUGCCUUCUGCCCUGCAAUCAUUGUCCCUGGAGUUUACUAUUCUGAUGAUAAGCUGCUUCAAACUCGUAUUUUCUCGUAUGCUGAUACCCAGAGGCAUCGUCUUGGACCAAACUAUUUGCAGCUUCCUGCCAAUGCUCCCAAGUGCGCUCAUCACAAUAAUCACUAUGAUGGUUUCAUGAAUUUCAUGCAUAGAGAUGAGGAGAUCGAUUACUUCCCUUCAAGACAUGAUCCUGCUCGUCAUGCUGAGCAAUACCCUAUUCCUCCUGUUAGGUUGUCAGGAAAGCGUGAUAAGUGCAUGAUUGAGAAAGAAAACAACUUCAAGCAGCCAGGAGAGAGAUACAGAUCCUGGGCUCCAGACAGACAAGAACGAUUCAUCUGUAGAAUUGUUGGUGCCCUGUCCAACCCUCGUGUCACCCACGAGAUCCGGACAAUUUGGAUUUCAUACUGGUCCCAGGCUGACAAGUCUCUCGGGCAAAAGAUAGCUUCUCGCCUGAAUGUGAAGCCAAGUUACUAAACAUGAGAACGAGCAUGUUUGUUACAAAGUCAUUGGGCCCGUGAUAUACGAAGUAGUUUUAGACAAGUUGUCUCGAGUCGAUUCUGUUAUGGAAUGUGGUGUCAAACAUUUGGAGUCCUUUGAUGGUUGUAAUAUCAAAUAACUUAUGAUGAAUGCUUCGUCCAUAUAAACUGAAGUUAAUGUCACCAGAUUCUUUUUCUUUUCUGUGUCAAAGUCGAUUUCCAUUUCUUAUGAAUAAUGAUGGGGUUUCAACUUGCUUUGAUGGUCA